AUGCCGAUCCGAUCCCCGGGUUUGAGGUUGAUAUUAGCAGUUUCUAGACUUCCUUCAGGCCACGUCACCGCGUUCUCGCUCCACCACAUCGCAUUCGCAACGACAUCCAACAGUCGAUGGCCACGGCGUCGUAGAACAUCUAGGCAAUUGCGCCAUUCGAACAAAACAGGACUCAAGAUGCUGUCGUCCGGCUUCACCAACGCUCCCGUCUCCAAGGUUCUUGUUAUCUACAUCGUCGCGUCGUCCAUCGCAUUGUCGAUAUUCGACGCCAAACAUCUCGCCCACAUCCUGGUCGUUCCACAUCUAUGGCACUAUGCGCAAUUUUCGAGGAUUCUUCUCUGGCAGAUAGCUGGAUACGCAAAUUCGACUGAAGUCCUGUUUGCUGCGAUGCUGGCAUAUCAUUUGCGAGUAGUUGAGCGAAUGUGGGGAUCUAGGAAAUUGGCUACAUUCCUCGUAGCUAUCUUGCCCUACACCACCAUCAUCGCCCCUCUCCUGCUCUCCCUUGUUCUACGCCCGCUUUCGUUCAACACUCUGAACUACCUUCCGUCAGGGCCGACUGCGGUCAUGUUCGCUCUUUUGGCACAAUACCAUGCAUCAGUUCCGCAUACAUUCAAAUACCGCAUUUCCACGAGCGGGAGUGGGAGCACUGGCCGCCGAAACACUACGACAACGGACACUAACAGCAAGCCGUCAUUAACCAUUCUUCUCUCUGAUAAGUCAACCACAUAUCUCGUCGCAGCACAGCUAGCCCUGUCGCAAUUCCCCGCAUCACUUUUACCCGCAAUCACUGGCUGGGCUAUUGGCGUUGCAUGGAGAGCGGAUAUUCUGCCUACAUCGCGCGGCUUGGGACGCGGCUGGCGAGUUCCGGCGUGGAUGGUCGGCGAGAAGGAAUCCGCUUCUCGCAGAUAUCAUCCUGCAGCGGGGUCUGGGAGUUCUGGGGAGGAUGGCGAACGAUACGAGAAUAUACGCAGAAGACUGGACGCCGCGGCGGCCGCUCAACAGGCAGCAAGCAGUGGAGUGGCAGGUUCAGAGCAGCAACGACAGCGCCGGCCGUUGCUAGAGAGGCUUACGAGCGUGUUCUAA